AUGAAUAACAAUACAAGCAACAACCCAUCCAGCCUUGGAUCAAAUAACAACACGGGCGAGGGCAGAACUAGCAAAGUAACCAAGCCUCGAAGUGGCAACGACAUGAACUGCAACGACUCCAGAGAAAUGAUUGGCAUUUCUUCCAGAGGCAAUGGGAUGCGCAAUGUCGGAAAAAUUGCACAGCAGCGCGUUCGGAAUAACCUCAACGUUAAUGGUGGAAUCAAUCUCUUCGGCAACUUUGCAACUGACCCGGGACUUGGGGAUUUAUACACUAAUCUUCAUUGCAUGAACGGAACGGGCGGAAUAACACACCAGUCCGAGGCUCAGGGCAACGGAUUGAGCAAUUCCCUAACGGCUAAUGCGAAUGAGUGGUUCGAAAAUAUGGACAAUGAAAUAUGCAACCUCUCGAUGGAUGAAACCCCAAAUACGGACCACUACAGGAACCAACAACCUGCGCUCAAAAGCUUCCAAACGAUGAACAGUACUCAAAUGGAUGAUAGAUCGAAUGAACGGAUUCCAACGACUCCGGUUAACGAAAUGACCGGGAACGGCACGAGCCGUUUUUUCAAUGAUCACGUUAUACACCAAAGUCCAAAAGGAAACAUGGGCAGCUCCCAAGCGAACAGUGGAAUGAGUGGAAUAGGUCCCAAGUUUUCGAGCCAUAGCGCGAGCAGCGCUCAUACAACAAGAGAAGGGUUCGAACAAAAUCCGAAUGUCGUCAUUCCCAGCGGCCAUCAAAGCACCUCCAGAAAUCCUCGAGUCAAUCGUGGACAACCGAAGAAAGACCCAAUGAUGUUUCAAGACGAGAACGGCAGGUGGUUGGAUCAAGAUGGUGAUGAGAUAAUCCCCACUGCUAUUGUUAUCAAAAGCAUCCCCUUCGAUCUUCGACAAGAGGAGCUGGAAUCUAUCAUGGCGGAGACGAGGAUGACCUUCCCCCACGCUCUCAAUUAUCAUUUUGUCCGUGACGAAUUCAAAGGCGUGGCUUUUGCAAACUUCGCGGAUGUUGGCGAGGCGUGGGCAGCCAUAGUCACGUUGCAUGGCAUGGAGGUCCGUGGUCGAAAGAUUGUAGCUGAAGCCAAGAAGCUGCUGGACCCUGCCAAAAGGGAGGAACUCGAAAGGAAAAAGAAAGAACAGCGAGGGCAGCUUCGGUCACAACAUAUGCCUUAUCCUGAAGGAAUGAAAGUCCCAGUCCCUGAUUUUAAAUGUGCUCCGCGGCCAUUGGGAGGCCUAGGAAAUAGCCACACACAAAACCUACAACUGCCCAACAAUGAGCGCCCUUUCAGGCAACCUCAAACUACCCCCGUCAGCUGUCCUUCAGCAAGCUCCAACUGGCGUUCUUCUCAUCCUCAUCGGUCUUCAGCACUCCGGGCACCCAAACAAGCAGCAGAGCGGUUACCCAACUCCUUCGUGGCGCAAGCAUCAAUGUCAGCUCGCCACGAGAUACCAUGGGCAUCUGGAUCCCAGAUCUGGGGUUCUCGACGGGGAGCCACCGCCCAAUCCCAACACGCACCAGCAGCGGUGACUGCAAAUCCUGGAGUCGUAGCUCUAUCUCAAGUCGCAGCCAUGCCCGGCACUGAACCUGGAUCCACACCUCAGGGCCAAAAAAUCUUAACCAAAACGGGAGUCACUGAGAACGCGACCCCCGCCGUCACCACCUUCUAA